AGUCCGUUAACCGUAUUGAUGAUACAAUCUCGUUUUUAUUGAGUUCAAAUUAGGUAAAUAAUAAUAUCGGUAACAGUGCUCAGUGGUUAUUUCUUGUGACUUACAUUAUGACCAUGUUCUAUUUGGAAGAUUUUCUGGAAAAACUAGAACUUUUACCGCAAGAGAUGAAAAAUCGCACAGCUGAAAUCACGAAACUGGACUUGCAAGUAGAAAAUUCAAUGAAUUAUAUAAGAAGUAAUGUAGAUACUUUAUUUUCAAUAGCUGACACUAUGAAUUCAGAUGAUUUGAAAGAUAAUUUUAAGACAAUCAUGAAAGAAGGUGAUAAAGCUCUUGAGCUAUCUGAUUCGAAACUUCAGAUAGCAGAGAAUAUGCAAAAACUCUUGUCAAAAUACAUAAAUCGAUUGGAUCUUGAGUUACAAGGAUUUAAAACUGAAUUGGAAGCUGAUAAAAGUGGAAUCACUGAACUUAUUGAAAAAAAAAUUUUAGAUUCAGAUCAAAGCAAUACAUCUAAUCAUAAAGAAAAUGACUAUGAAACUAACAAAUAUAUUUUUGGAGAAACAGAAGAAGUCUUAAAUAAUGUUAGCAGUAUCAAUCAAAAAUCUAUUGAGGUAGCUUCAGAUGCAUCUAGUAGUGAAGAAUUAGUAUCAUAUUUUCAACCUGAUACUAAUCCUGUUAAUUCUCAAAUGGCUCCAUUUCCACUAUCUUUUACUAUGGGGGCUGAUUGCUCGCCAAUUUCAGCAGUUGUAUCUGAAGCUAUUGUUUCUUCUCAAAAGCACAGGUCUGCUAGUUUAAUAGCAUCAUUUGAUGCAAUUGAUUACGAUCAAAUUACUGACAAAUCAGAAUUUUUAUCAAAAGCAUAUUUCAAUAAUAAAGAAAUGCCAGAAUUCAUUAAAUCUAGUAAUAACCAAACAAACAAAAAAAAAAAGCUUAGAAGAGGAAUUAUAUGUAAAGAAAUAUCUACUGACGAAGAAGAAUCAAUUGAUCCUAAUGAGCCUCGAUACUGUUUAUGUAAUCAAGUAGCCUAUGGUACAAUGGUAGCUUGUGAUAAUAAAAAAUGCCCAAUUGAAUGGUUUCAUUAUGAAUGUGUUGGUAUUACAAGAUCACCACAUGGAAAGUGGUAUUGCCCUAAGUGUGUCAUUAAACUCAAGAAAAAAAGAUGA